AUGAAGCUGCUACUUGAUUAUCCAAAGAGAGGAACCAUUGUCGAGAAACUUACAGAGGAGAUUUUGAGGGACUGGGACCAUCUAAAGGAGCUCCUCUCUUUUUGUGAAGCUCAAAGACAAAUAGGCGAGACCUCUCUGAAUGAAACGAGUUCCGGAUCUUAUCAAAUUCUCCGACUGAUAGUUGAAAGUUGUGGUCAUGAAUUCUUAGGUAGUGAAAGCUCGAGCACUCUUUCAGCCUCUGUGAAUUUCGUUGAUCUUGCAGGAAGUAAGCAUGCUACUCAGACAUUAUCAGCUGGUACAAGACUGAAAAAGGGUUGCCACAUUAACCGCAAUUUUCUAAUAACUGAAGUGGCUUUCCCAAUACAUUAAGUAGGAGAAUCAGAGAAUGGAAGAAGCAAGCGAAUGUGCGAAGCCAUCUAAGGGUAACUUUCAUGCCACUGCUGCAUGAAUGUAUAUAUUGGGAACGUAAAGUUUAGUAUGUAGCUUAGAUGGAUGUGACUUGUGAAUGAAAACUUAGAAUAGUUGUAUUGUGUCGAAUGUUAAUGAAUUAUGUAUCGUGUCG